AUGUCCUCCUCCCAGUCCAACGGCAGCAGCGCGCCCAAGGGCCUCACCAAGGAUAACAUCAACCCCGCCGUCCUCGAGGUGUCGUAUGCCGUCCGCGGAGAGCUCGCGCUCAAGGCCGACAAGUAUGCGCAUCAGCUCGCGGAUGGGGAAGGCUCAGACCUUCCGUUCGACCGGGUCGUUACGGCCAACAUCGGGAACCCGCAGCAGAAGGGUCUGGACCAGCGUCCAAUCACCUUCUGGCGGCAGGUGAUCAGUCUGCUGGAGUACCCGGCGUUGAUGGAGGAGCACAUCGAGCUGGCGAAGAAGAUGUACCCAGAGGAUGCGAUCGCGAGGGCGAAGAGUCUGCACGAAGAGAUCGGGUCGGUGGGCGCGUACACCCAUUCGAAGGGUAUAUUGGGGAUCAGGAAGCGGAUCGCCAAGUACAUCGAGGAACGCGAUGGCUACGCCGCAGAUCCCGAAUCCAUCUUCCUCACCGCCGGCGCCUCGGCCGGUGUGUCCCUCCUCAUGGGCGUAGCCCUGCAGAAGGGUGACGGUGUCAUGAUUCCCAUCCCCCAGUACCCCCUCUACACCGCCACACUCGCCUACCUUUCCGCCACACCCCUCCCUUACUACCUGGACGAAUCGGGCGGAUGGUCCAUGUCGCUCGACUCGCUCAAAAAGACCAUCUCGGACGCCCGCGGGAGCAACACGCCAACCAAGGCACUCGUCAUCAUCAACCCCGGAAACCCUACUGGCGGAUGUCUUGCCGAGGACUCUAUGCGGGACGUCGUACAACUCUGCUACGACGAGGGCAUCCUGCUCAUGGCGGAUGAGGUGUACCAGGCCAACAUCUUUGAACCGGAAUCGAAGCCAUUCGUUUCCUUCAAGAAGGUCGUGAGGAGUAUGAGCAAGGAGGUGGCCGAGGGAACGCAGCUGGUGUCGUUCCACUCGAUUUCGAAGGGGACGUCCGGCGAGUGCGGGAGAAGAGGAGGAUACUUUGAGUUGACGAACAUGAGGGAGGAGGUGGUUGAGCAGAUCUACAAGAUGGCUUCUAUCAUGCUGUGCCCGCCAGUGACCGGUCAGGUCGGCGUGGACCUCCUUGUCGCUCCCCCUAAGAAGGGCGACCCAUCAUACGAACUCUGGCACACCGAGACAUCUACUACCCUCGCCAACCUCAAGUCACGCUCGCAGCUCAUGUCGGACCGCUUCAACGCUCUGCCGGGCAUGUCGUGCCAGCCGGCCGACGGGGCCAUGUACCUCUUCCCGCAGAUCGAGAUGCCGCAGCGGGCACUGGACGAGGCCAAGAAGAGGGGGAAGCAGCCGGACGUAAUGUACACCUUGGACCUGCUUGACGCUACGGGUAUUUGCGCCGUCGCUGGGUCAGGCUUCGGCCAGGCGCCGGACUCGUACCAUAUCCGGGUGACCGCUCUCUGCCCCGGUACAGAGGAGUACAUUGGCAAGAUCGAGCAAUUCCACAAGGACUUCAUGUCCAAGUACCAGUAG